UGUCUUCUUAAAAAAUUCCUUCCAAAUUCAAAGUGGCAAAUAAUCAAAUUCCCCUUUCUCGCCGGGGGAAAAAGGGACAAUUCUGCUCGAGCUGCUGGUUCCCCGAUGGCAGAGGACUCAGGCGCCAUCCUCCGCCACAUCUCCUCCCUCAAGGACAUGCUUGACAAGGUCAAUGAAGAGAUCGAACAGAAUAUAGAAAGGACCAGGGAAACAGAGUCAGAAAUAGCGAAGCAUUCUGAAACUGAAAAGGACUAUCUCAUGAAGGAGUAUGAGCUAGUGAAAGGAGUAUCGGUUGCUGAGUUUGAACUUGAUGGGCUUAUGCAAGUGCAAGCUGCUGGAACAGAUUCACUUAAAGCGAUGGAGGGCGAUUUGGAAUUCCGGAAAGCUACUCUGCAUACAAUUAAGAAACUAUUCCACGAUAAAAUGGAAAGGUUCAUCGCCGAAUCUAAAGACUUCCAAGUCAACAUCCUUGAAGGUUCAAAUGAGGAUUUACUUCUCCUACUAAAGGAAAAAGAUUCACUAGAGAAUGAGAGUGAGAACUUGAGGAUCAAGAUCAACGCCAUACAAAGUUCAUCAAUGGAAUACAUUGCUGAGAUUCUUGAGGGGGUAAAUUUGGAAAAUUCAGUUCUGGAGUCUGACAUACAGUAUAGGAUUUCAGAAUACAUGAGAAUUCUCAAGGAUAUAAACAACCUGAAGAUUCUAUUUAGUUUGACGAAUUCUUAAGAAGGGUCUUCACUGUUGCAGGCUCAUAUAACCCAUCAAAGUUGCGACAUGUUUCCUGUAUCUUCAGUACGCCAUUUUGGUUUGGCUGUCAAGAAUCUUCAGCAAGCUCAAUGGAAAUAGCUUGUACAUGUUUCUUCUGUCGAUAAGGUUACACUAGUGAUCUAGUACAAAUUUACUGCACUACCAAACAUGUAUGGUCAUGGGUAUAUAGUUUAGUUGACCUCUGUGCUGUACUCCCUCUGUCCCAUAAUAUAAGGAAGUACUCCUUCCGUCUCAAUAUAAGUGUCUCAAGUUUAGUAUAAUUUUAUAUUAAAGUUAGUACAAAGUUAAGACAAUUAUGUUGGGACGGAGGGAGUAGAUUUCAAGCCGAGGGAUAGUAGGAAAAGGCUAAGUGCCUAGGAAUGCAGAUUGGAAAAAAACAGCAAAGUCUUUUGUUGGCAAUUCUUGUUUUUCAAAUCUAGGAAUGCAGAUUGGAAAACGUGAGAUAUUGUUGUUAGAAUAAGAAAGAGCUCAAUACAUGAGAUUGAUUCCUCCCGGUCGGGGUAA